UCUCUUAUUUUGUAGUAAAUUUAAUUUUUCUCCUCCAUAUAUGGCUGCGUUUGCUUCUCACCUCAAAGCUCUUGCUAGCAUUAAACACUAGUGCUGAAUCUUAUAAAUUCUCUUUCAUUCGGAAAGUGUUUGAUUUAUUUUAAAUUGAGAUAUCUCUACUCAAAAUCUAGAUGGAGAAUGGCAGGACUUCGAUUACGAAAUUUCCCUUGAGAAAAUAGGCAAUAAAAAAUUAAUAUAUCUAAGUAAUUUAGGGAUUCUUCGAGAUUACCGAUCAAUAACAAUCGAUUGUUUAUAUAAUUGAGACUCAAGAUCUAAUAAUUUCCAGGCAAGCAUGAGCUAUAGACUGCGGAUAAAACAAAUCAGCAUAAAAUGAUAAAUUUUAGUGCUCUUUCUGUCACCAAAUAACAUUGCUGAUAAAUUUUUGACCUAAUUCUAGUUAUUAAUGUACCCAUCUGACUGAGACUUCACAGAUGAAGGAUGGAGUUAAUAAAUUUGUAGAAUAAAGUACUCUUAAUAUUCUCCUUUUAUACCAAAUUAUGCAUGAUAAGAACCUACAUAACUUUAGGUCAACUAUCGAACGUUCUCUUUGUUAUUUUUGAAGCAAAACUAUUAUUAAAUUACCAUCAGCCUUGGAUAGACUGAAGGAAAGUUAAUUAUAAUUUUGAGACCAAGGCAUUGAACUCUUUCGAAUUAAGAUCGAGUGCUAUGAAAGAAAGCUUAUCAAAAGAGCUAUGAUAAUAAUUCACAAGUUUGAAAGACUCUUGGUGAAGACUCUAUGUGCUAUAUCAACUCUCUAAAUUUCCUCAAAUUAUGGGGAAAGAUAUUUCGCAAUUGUUCACAAAAGAAUCUUGGGGUAUAUUAUCUGGUGUUG